AUGAUUCCAACGAAGCCACCAGUUACUGAUGCAGAGCCAGUAACUCACGAAGUUUCAAUUGCUGACACAACCUUAACUAAGCCUGUUGGUCCAUACACUCAAGAAAAAGAAAUUAUUCCUUCGAAGAACGAUGUUUUUCAAAGAAUCAAAAUGAAGUCAAAGCAUAAAAGCAGAUCUCCACUCAUAAAUGUAGUACGAAACCCACAGAAGAAGAAGAAGAGCACAAUGAUCAUCUCUUCUGAAUCUACAAAUGAAGCAGAUGAAACAAUUUUAGAAACUCUUAAAGCAAAUAUCCAAAAAGAUACUUCUACUCCUUCACAGACAGUUGUUAUACCACUCGAAGAAUCGGUUGACAAGUCAUUUUAUGAUGAGGCACGAACUUCUGACAUUCUUGUAAACGUAUCUAUUACGGAUGCAAAUGUCAUCAUGGGUGAGGAUGAUUCGAAGAAAGAUGACCAAGGUAAACCUUUGACUAAUACCUCAGAAACUUUUGUUUCUUUUCUUCCACAAAUUACACCUGCCAUACCCAUUACUUCCACUACAGAUUCUCCUACUUUUAAAAACCUCAUUAAACAUCCAUUUACUUCUCUUCUUCUCUUCUCAAUCCACUGA